CGUGUAUGUGGAAUACGCAACAUAUUUUUCGCGCAUAGCUAUUUACACGAAAGCCGGAGUUUGUUAUGUUUUUGGAUGACCACCCGGAAAAGUGAUGAAAGCAGCGUGGAAAUUGGACGUCUAAAAUUGUCAGGUGCAGACACGUAGUGCAGUUUAAUAUUGAACUAAACGGAAAUGAUCUCGAAGUGGUCGAUUUUUCUUCUCACAAGCCAAUUGGUGGCAUUUGGCUGCGGAGCAGCGAACAGUACCAAGUUUGUGGCCACAAAAGAAUGGCAGGAAAUUCCAGACGGUCAACCAAUCCCGGAUGGUCUUCACAUUCGGAUCAAUCUUUCGACCGGUAAAAAGGAAGCAAAGCUGCUGGACAAAGCAACCAAUGAUACCCAAUCUUCGUCACUGUCAACCGUACCAGGGGCCGGUUUAAAGGAUCAUGACAAUGGUCAGGUUCCUUUCAACAACGAUAUAGAACAGUUGAAGGAAGCGCUGCAGAAGAUACCAUCGGAUGAUUUGAAGCUAGACGAAAAGGAACUGAAGAAGGUGAAAGGAAAGUACAAGAGCUAUGAUCAGAUCAAGCAGGAUCUGAAGGAGGCCAAUAUGGAAGUCAAAAGUGAUAGCGACAUCAUGCAGAGUUUGUUCAAAAGAUUCCGGGAGAUAUGGAAAUCUAAAAAUCCAGCCGAAUUCGCUGUUAAAGCGGAGCUAGAGACUCUCUUUGCCGAUCUUCAAUAUUUGGUUCACCAAAUUGAUAACGCUAAUGAAUUCAUCGACAGACAGGGAAUCGAGGAGAUUAUUUGGCCAAGUCUUAAUCAGACGGAACCUACUUUAAGAAUCAAUAGUCUCAAGUUGCUUGGAACAGUGGUCCAGAAUAAUCCGAAGGCAAAAGUCGCUUUAUUCGAGCGCAAUGGAGGUUCGAUUUUGUUGGCUAGAAUAUCCCAAUCUAAGAAAGUGGAUGAAAUAUCUGCCGGACUGUUCGCUUUUGGUAAUUUAGUUCGUAAAUUUCCGUAUGCAAUGGCGGAACUUCUAACCCCGCAUAGUUACAGUUUAUUGUUCGAUGUUCUCGAUAAGGGCAUUGAUCUUCGGGUGAAGGUUAAAAUCAUACGGCUGUUGUCAGAUUUAGUUCAGGACUAUGAGCACGCCCUUUCGGAACCGGAUGUCGACGAGACAAUCCGGGAACGAUACCGGUCGACUAAUUUGAAAGCAACCCUGCACAAAGUAGAGUACUGUCAGCGGGCGAGGGAUUUCUUACUACAAAACAAGCCUGGCCUGGUGCUGGACGGGGCUCUGCUCGAUGAUGUGGUGGGAUCCCUGCGCAGUAUCCGACAAAGCCUGUGUCAUGAGGUAUGGUCGAAAUGUGCAAUGUUCCGACAUAUCUUGCUAGUGCUGAGAAACAGCAUAGAAACUCGGUUUAGCGAGAGGGAUGGCAGUCAGCAAGGAGCUGCUUAUGUGAUGGAAAUUCAAGACACGAUCGAACAGUUUGUGGAUGAGCUGUAUGGGUAUCCGUUUAGGAGGGACGAGCUGUAAUGUGUCCGAUCGGUGAGGAUCUGGAUGAAAUGGAGUUGUUUUCGAGACUGUUCAGUGAAACUGAGAAAAUUAUCUAAUUUAUUUUGUCGAAAAA